AGUACACAAAUUGCUUUAAGCGGUGGAGGGACAAACAUAUUUAUCGUUUAAUUAAAAUUAGUUUUUAUGAAUCUCACAGUUUAAUUAAGAUUAGGCAAAAAACUAACAAAGAUGCCAUGCAACUCAUUCCCCACAAUACUCUUCAUUCUCGUUUCUGUAGUCGCAGUACACUAUGGUGGUUGUGAACUCUUCACAGCUCUGACAGAUAUGGAGGAAUUGUUGGAGACUGAAAGCGUUUUAAUUAAUAAUCUUGAGGGCUACAUAUUAGCUCAAGAGAAAAAACUCGAGUUUUUGAAACAAAAAGUCAAAGAAUACCAAAGAGAACAUGCGGAAGCAGGCAAAGAUGUUUCCUCAUAUCUAUUGAAUCCUAUUAAUGCAUAUUUACUUACUAAGAGAUUAACAAGCGACUGGAAAGAUCUCGAGCAGAUAAUGACAAUGGAUGUCGGCUCACAAUUCAUCCAAAAUGUUACCAACUAUCGUGAAGUGUUAAAAUUUCCAUCAGAAGAAGAUUUAACCGGUGCUGCCAGUGCUUUAAUUCGUCUUCAAGACACAUACGAUUUAAACACAGCGAGUCUUGCUCGAGGCGAACUGAACGGUGUUCAAUAUAGCACCCAAAUGAGUAGCGAAGAUUGCUUCGAAGUAGGACGACAAAUGUACAACAAUCAAGAUUAUCAUCAUACCGUCAUGUGGAUGGAAGAAGCUAUAAAUAGAUUAACAAACGAUUCUCGUCUCUUACGUUCUGAUGUACUCGAAUACCUGGCGUUUUCCACCUUCAAGGAAGGUAAUAUUAAAUUAGCUUUGGAGAUGACAAAUGAGUUAUUGAUGUUGACUCCUGAUCAUCAACGGGCAAAUGGAAAUAAACGUUAUUAUGAGAAGGAAUUGAUGAAGAUAAAUGAGAAGUCAGUUUUGCGAGGCGACGAUGGAUCCCCAGAUGUUCCCGUAGACAAAUCUCUUGAGUUUCAACAUUCAAAACUCGGUCCAUACACUUACAAUGUACCUGAGAGAAAACUUUACGAGCUUGCUUGUCAAGGUGAACUCACACCUGACGACGAACUUCUUUCAUCAUUGUUCUGCAGUUAUGUCGAUAAUGGUGUGCCAUUCUUGAAAAUUGGACCAUUAAAAAUUGAACAAAUUUCUCACGAUCCAUACAUUGUCGUUUAUCACGAUGUGAUGUAUGAUAAUGAAAUUGAAAUCGUGAAGAAAAUGGCAAAGCCACGAUUCAAACGUGCAACUGUGCAAAAUCAUUUAACUGGUGAACUUGAAGUUGCACAUUAUAGAAUAAGUAAAUCGGCUUGGCUUAAAGAUGAAGAACAUUAUGUCGUGAGAAAUAUCGCACAAAGAAUCGUUGAUAUGACUGGUUUAACAAUGGAGACAGCUGAAGAGCUUCAAGUAGUCAAUUAUGGAAUUGGAGGACAUUAUGAGCCUCAUUAUGAUUUUGCUCGCAAAGAAGAAAUCAACGCUUUCAAGAAUUUAAAUAGCGGCAAUCGUAUAGCUACGGUACUGUUCUACAUGAGUGACGUGACACAAGGAGGAGCAACAGUUUUUCCAGCGUUGAAGACAGCACUUUGGCCAAAGAAAGGAACUGCAGCGUUCUGGUUUAAUUUGCGUAAAUCAGGUCAAGGCGAUUACAUGACAAGACAUGCCGCAUGCCCCGUCAUUGUGGGAUCAAAAUGGGUGGCAAACAAAUGGAUUCAUGAAGUGGGAAAUGAGUUCACUCGACCGUGUGGGCUGGAAAUUGAUCAUGACGUUGAAUUUUAAAAUGUUAAUGGAUGCUGAAAAAUUCAAUUUUAGCUGAUAAAGUAAAAUGAUUGUCUCUCGAAAAUUGUUUAAGAACAUCUUAUAAACAAACAAACUUGUGAUUGUAUAAACGACGCAGAAGAAAAAGAACUUUUUCUUUCUUUUUAUAACUGAGAGAGCCUAAUAAAUUUUGAUACAAUUU